UUCAAAACUGCAAAAUUAUUCUGCACUAAGCUUUUUCCAAAAACAUCAUACACAACAUGCCUUCUCUAAGACCCACCAUGUCAAAUGCUCAUUCUAAAUUAACCUUUGAUGAGCUCCGAUGGGUGAUUAACAUCCGAAAAACCCUUGAAGAAGAGCUUGAGGAAGAUGGUGAUCAAUUUGCUGUGUCCAUCUUCAGCGUGCCAAAGCUCCUUAUGGCUAGUGAUCCAGACUCUUAUGUCCCUCAACAGGUUGCACUUGGCCCUUACCAUUAUUGGCGUCCAGAGCUAUAUGAGAUGCAAAGGUACAAGAUUGCUGCAGCAAAAAGAUUCCAGAAACACCAUCAAAGCUGCAAGUUAGAGAAUCUCGUUGAUCAAUUGACCAAGUUGGAGCAAAGGGUUCGAGCAUGCUACCACAAGUUCUUGGAUUUCAACGGGGAAACGUUGGUGUGGAUGAUGACGGUUGAUGCCUCAUUCUUGCUUGAGUUUCUUCAAGUUUUUUCCAUGCAAGAAGGGGCCAAGGUACAAAGGGUUUCUUCUAGCAUGUCUCAUUUGGUGGAUUAUGCUGGGAAGAAAUCAGCUCAUAAUGCAAUUUUGAGGGACAUAGUAAUGCUUGAGAAUCAAAUCCCAUUGUUUGUGUUGAGAAAGAUGCUUGACCUCAAAUUCUCAUCACUUGAAGCUGCAGAUGACAUGCUGAGCUUGAUGUUCAUAGGGCUUUUCAAAGAGAUUUCUCCUUUCAAGAUGAUGGAGGAGUAUCCAAACAUUCAAGUCUCGGAAAAUGUGCAUUUGCUAGAUUUCUUGUAUAAUGUGAUAGUGCCCAAAUUAGAACAACAGUCAGACACAAUUGAAGUUGAGUUUCAACAAGAACAAAAGGAAGGAAAUGAUGAAGAAGCAACCUCAGACUCCAGUCAUGUUAAGCAAUUCUUCAGCGAAGUAUGGAAGCUGCUUUCAAAACUAAACAAAGGGCCAAUGAAGAUGGUGAAAAAGGUAAUUGUAUCUAAACCUCUCAAAGUCUUUGUUCAGUUGCCUUGGAAAAUCGUGUCCAACCUUCCAGGACUUAAGGUUAUGAAGCAACCUCUUGAACAUUUCUUAUUCUCUCAAGAAAAAGGAGAUGAAAAUAAGGGAGAAAGUGCGAGUUCAAGAUCCAAUAGUCUCAUGAACAAGCCACCCUCAGUGGAGGAAAUCACUAUUCCUUCCGUUACAGAACUCUUGAAUUGUGGCAUUCGUUUCGUACCUACCAAGGGAAGCAUAUCAAGCAUCAGUUUUGAUGUGAAAACAUGCACGUUUUACCUUCCCACAAUAGGUUUGGACGUUAACACUGAAGUUUUCCUGAGAAAUUUGGUUGCAUAUGAAGCAUCAGUUGCAUUGGGGCCAUUGGUUAUAACCCGUUACACUGAGUUGAUGAACGGGAUUAUAGACUCGGAGGAAGAUGCAAAGGUUCUCAGAGAAAAAGGGAUCAUUCUGAACCACUUGAAGAGUGAUAAAGAAGUGGCUAACUUGUGGAAUGGGAUGAGCAAGUCCUUGAGAUUAUCAAGGGUGUCAUUAUUGGAUAAGGUCAUUGAAGAUGUUAACAAGUAUUACAAUGGUAGAAUGAAGGUCAAAAUUUGGAAAUUCAUGAGAGUUUAUGUGUUCAGUUCCUGGCAGUUUUUGACAUUCCUAGCUGCCCUAUGCCUUUUGCUCUUGAUGGCUUUGCAAGCUUUCUGCUCUGUCUACACUUGUAGUCGUUUUUUCCAAUCUGCACUAGAUUCCCAGUGAUUGAUAUGUCAUGAUGUCAAGUAUUAAUAAAUGGAUCGAGUCUUUUUUGUA